UGAUGAUAAAGACAAGGCUAGAUAAAUUUAUCUGAUCCACUUGUUUAUAAAUAUGGAUACGGAUCAAAAUUGUAUUUCCUAUGUAAUUUGGGAACCGACUCUCUCAAACCCAUCCUAGUCUCUAUAAAUACAGAACCUCUAAACUCUAAAGAUCUCACAAAAGCAAAACAAACAUCCAAACAAAAAAGAAGAAGAGAAAGCAAUCAAUAUAUUUGAUCAAAGAAGAAGAAGAAGCGAUGGGUCUAUCUACGGCACGCAAGCUACUUCUUGUUCUCCUGGUUACUGCGUUCGUCUUCUCCGGGAGUGCUGAAGCCUGGAGCUGGAGUUGGGGUUCCGGCCAGUCCGGUUCCAACGGGGGUUGGGGAUGGAGCUCCGGCAACUCUGGCGGUUCUUCUGGCUCGGCUUCUAAUGGUUCAGACUCUAACUCGGAUGGUUCAAGCUGGGGUUGGGGAUGGAGCUCAGACGGAACAGAUACUGACUGGGGUUGGGGAAGCAGCUCUGGCUCAAACCAUUCUAGCGGUACUGGCUCUACACGCAAAAGUCACAGCCCUGACAAAAAUCACUCAAGCAUCGUUGGCUCCACACACAACAAUCAUAGUUCAGGCUCAAACCACUCAAGCAUCGUUGGUUUUACACACAACAAUCAUAGCUCGGGAUCAAACCACUCAAGCAUCACCGGUUCUACAGACAACCACACGGCUCCAAUACGGAGGGGGAGAAAGAUUGCGGUGACUGUGUGGAAAAACGGAUAUGGUUACACCGAAUGGGCUACAAAGCAUGCCCCUUUCUACGUCAACGAUGUUCUUGUUUUCACGUACAACAACAAAAACAACAAUGAUCAAAAGACGAAGCACCAUAACAAGAAAGAGAACGACGUCUACUUACUCCCUGACAUGAAGAGCUUCAAGAGUUGCGAUGUGGCCAGAGGCAAAAAGCUGGCCGCACGAGGAGGUUCAUCAUGGGGCUUCAAGUUGCUUCUCCGUAAAGUUCAGACUUACUACUUCGUCAGUGGAGACCACAACGCCUGCAACCACAACAUGAAGUUCUCUGUCCACCCGAUUCCACACCCUUCUUCUCACUAACUAUAGAUCCACUUGUUCUUUCCUUUUCUUUGAAGUUUAAACUUUGGGUUAGUUUAUAUUCUGGGUUUUUUUUUUUCUAUCAGUUAACCAUUGUUAUAUGAAUCAUUUAAAGUCUUAUGGAAUGAUUAUUACUUUUACAAA